AUGAAUCCUCCGCCUAUAUUUAGUGAUGAUGAUGAGCAAUCUAUUGAACUUCUACCUAAUGGAUCUCUCCUAAUAAAAAAAUUUCACAUCAACAACAAAUUAAGUUAACAAUAAACCUCAUUGGUAUCCUGAAUCUUGAACUUAAAGUUACUGUCUCAGAUUAACAUUUUGAUUAAGUAUUUUUCAAUUUCUAAUUCUAGAUCCCUAUUUCAGCUGAUUAUUUAGGAUCCCAUAUAAAUAAUUUAAUUGCAUUUGAUGGCUAUUUUUGUGAUACUUCAUGAUCUGAUUCUUUAACCCUUUAGAAAUAAGAAAUGAAAUUAAAAAAAGAAUGCAAAGGAUUAAUUGAAAACAUGCCCUAUUUAUUAGUUGAAGUACAUAAUACAAUUUAGAGAUUUCAGGGAUACACUACUCUUAAUACAACCUGAAAUUAAUAAGAGGGCAAUAUUAAUUGAAUAAAUACUUAUAGAUUUAUACUAAUUCACGGUAGUAUCAUAUACCUUCCUAAAAUUGCAAAUAUCAAUGAAGGAGAAAUCAUCUAAUGCGGAACCUCUAAACUAAGCAAACCUAAUUUAUAGGAACCAAUUUUUAAUAAUUUUAUAUCUAAAUCCAAAAAAAUUAUUGAAGAAUAAAAUCUUACUGAUAAAUUUGAUGAAUGAAAUGAUUUCUUGA